AUGGAUUCUGACACUACAAAUAGAUUCAUCCCAGAAUAUCGUCGUACAAAUUUCAAGAAUAAAGGUCGUUUCCAAAGCGAUGAGUUGAGAAGACGGAGAGAAACUCAUCAAGUUGAUUUGAGAAAGCAGAAAAGAGAGGAGGUCUUAGCCAAGAGAAGAAACUUUCAAAAUGAAGGAAAUGAUUCUGAAGAUGAAGAUGAAUUUAAUGUACAAGCUAAUAAUGACGAGAGCCAAUUUUAUUCAAAGUUACAACAAGAUUUACCUAGAAUGGUUGAGAUGAUUCAGUCAUCCGAUUUUGAGAAUCAGCUAGGUGCUACAGUUAAAUUUCGUCAAAUAUUAUCUCGUGAGCACAAUCCUCCAAUAGACUUAGUGAUUCAGUCAGGUGUCAUUCCAACUUUAGUUGAAUUCAUGAAGGAAAGUCAUCCGGAUAUGUUACAAUUAGAGGCUGCUUGGGCCCUUACUAAUAUUGCUUCAGGUAAUUCUGAUCAGACCAGGGUGGUAGUUGAGUAUGGUGCUGUACCUUUAUUUGUUCAGUUAUUGUAUUCCCAAUCGCUUGAAGUCAAGGAGCAAGCCAUUUGGGCAUUGGGUAAUGUUGCCGGAGACUCUUCAGAGUAUCGAGAUUACGUGUUGGCAUGUAACGCUAUGAAUCCUGUUUUGUCCUUAUUCAACAGCACCAAGAUGUCUUUGAUAAGAACAGCAACUUGGACCUUAUCCAACUUAUGUAGGGGUAAAAACCCACAGCCUGAUUGGAACAUAGUUCAACAAGCAAUUCCAACAUUGGCUAAAUUGAUAUAUUCUGUUGACUCGGAGACAUUGGUCGAUGCUUGUUGGGCUGUUUCCUAUUUAUCAGAUGGCACAACAGAGGCGAUCCAAGCUGUCGUGGAUGCACGUAUUCCUCAUCGUCUCGUUGAAUUAUUAGGACACGAAUCCACUUUGGUUCAAACUCCGGCUUUGAGAGCAAUAGGAAAUAUUGUCACAGGUAAUGAUCUUCAAACACAAAUAGUAAUUAAUGCAGGAGUUUUACCUGCAUUGGCUCCUCUUUUGAAUUCGCCGAAGGAAACAAUUCGCAAAGAGGCUUGUUGGACCAUUUCUAAUAUCACUGCUGGAAAUACCGAUCAAAUACAGGCGGUUAUAGAUGCAAAUUUGAUUCCUCAGAUUAUCAGAUUGUUGAUUAAUGGUGACUACAAAACAAAAAAGGAGGCAUGUUGGGCAAUCUCCAAUGCAUCGUCUGGAGGCUUGACAAGGCCAGAUCAGAUACGUUACCUCGUGAGCCAAGGAUGUAUAAAGCCCUUAUGUGAUUUACUUGCCAUUGCUGAUUCUAAAAUAAUUGAGGUCACAUUGGACUCACUAGACAAUAUCUUAAAAAUGGGUGAAAUGGAUAAAGAAGCUCGCAAUACUACCGUUAACGAGAAUGCAUUAUACAUUGAAGAAGCGGGUGGUAUGGAGAAGAUUUUCGAAUGUCAGGCUAACGAAAAUGAAAAGAUAUACGAAAAGGCGUACCACAUCAUCGAAAAGUACUUCUCUGAAGAAGACGACCAGAUUGAUGAUGAAGGUGUGGCUCCUCAGGCAUAUGGCGAUGCCUUUGGAUUUGGGGUUAAUGCCAAUCAGCAACAAAACUUUCAAUUUUAA